AUGGCCGUCGUCGCUCGCGACGUCGACUUCAGCUACCGCGUCGACGUCUCGCGGGGCGUGACGCUCGCCGAGCCGAUACCGGCGCUCAAGGGCAUCACGCUCAGCAUCCCGCGCGGCGGGCGCUGCGCCGUGCUCGGGGCCAACGGCGCGGGCAAGUCGACGCUCCUGCGGCUCCUGGCCGGCCGCCACACGCCGGACAACGGCGUCGCGUCCAUCCUGGACGAGCCGUGCCGCAGCCCGAAGCUCAACGGCCGCGUCGCCUACGUCCCGGCCGCGUGCUCCGGCGUCCGAUUCUGUUCCUGUCGUCUGCGCGAUGGCGUGGAGGUGGACGCGUCGAUGGCGUACCGUCGCGACGCCGUCGGAUAGAGAGAGAAACGCGGUCGCGCGUCGAGAGAAAAGUCACACACAGGAGAGCUGGGGCAGCGGCCUCGCCUCGCUGAGCGUCGCGAGCAUCAUCAAGGGCGCGCGCGACCGGUCGACAACGGAGGGCGGCGCCGACGCGACGCUCGACGCGCUCGAGGCGGCGACGGGCGUCGGGAAGCUCCGGCACCGCGACACGUCCGCGCUGUCGGACGGCCAGCGCCGCGCCGUGCAGCUGUUCGUGGCCCUCGCGCCGCCGAAGCUCGAGGUCAUCUUGUUGGAUGAGGCCUGCGCCGACCUCGACGCGCUGGUGAGGGACCGCGUCUUGACGUACGUCCGGGCCACGGAAGCGACGGUCCUCUACGCGACGCACGUCUUCGACGGACUGGACGACUGGCCGACGCACAUCUGCGACGUGCGAGGCGGCCGCGUCGAGGCCUGCGAGGUCUGGCAGUCAAAGGGCCCGGGGUCCCUCUUCGCGACGGCGAAGGCGCGCCUCGAGGCCUCGGAGCCUGCUGAUAUGAAAGAGGCCGCGGCGCGCGCCCUGGAAGAAGAGACACAGUCAACUCUGUCGGGCGACGCGGUCGUCUUUGAGGGCGUCACGUACCGCUACGACCCGCGCGCGCGGCCGGCCCUCGACGGUUGCUCGUUCACCAUAAAAGCGGGCCGCCGCGUUGUCGUUGUUGGCGAGAACGGCGCGGGCAAGUCUACGAUGCUCGCUUUAGCUGCCGGCGCGCGCCUUGGUAUGGAUCAAUCCAUCUCCAUACACGGCGCGCACCCCUCGCAACAAAACCUCCGCGCGCCAACAUCAACGCCGCGCGUCGCCUACCUCGGCCCGGCGUUUAAACAACAGCUGGAGACCUGCGCGGCGAUCUCAAAAGCGACGCCCUUCGGCGAGACGCUCGCGGCGUACAAGGACGACGCGUUUCAAACGCGCGCAAAGCGCCUCAUGGCCUUGUUGCAUGUGGAGGAGAGUUGGAGAACGGGCCUCUGCUCGUCGGGCCAGAAGACGCGCUUGCAAUUGGUGCUCCAGCUCGCGCCGCGCGCCGACGUGCGCGUCCUCGACGAGCUCACGCGCGACCUCGACGCGCUCGCGCGGCAUAGGGUGCUCGAAUUUUUGAAGCGCGACGCGGCGACGUGCCUCUACGCGACGCACGUCUUCCAGGGAUUAGAUGGGUGGGCGACGGAUGUUUUGAGGGUGCGCCGCGGCGCGUGUUCGGUCGAGGAAGCUUCAUCAGUGGACGUCGCGGGGGUUUUGUUGAGCGGGCUGCGGAAUGAUGCGGAUCUCCCGCCGCCGCCGCCGCCCGUUCAACCGCCACCAAAACAAGGAUCAACAAACCUCCCGGCGGGCUGGGCGUCCAGACGAGCGAAUACAUUAGAGGGUGGCUUCGGCGCGCACGGCUGGACGACGGCGUCGGCGGUCGGCGCCGAGCAUGUGAGCGAGGUUUCCACGGCGCACCGGGCCUUCGCGGACCUUUACGAGAGCGGCGGGAAACGUUAGUUAGGUAUACAUUGUUUACUCAUUCACAAG